CCCCAGCCAGGCCAGGCCACCCCAGUGACCCCACUGCCACUUCGCCGUUUCUUCUGAAACUUUCUUUCCCCUUCCCCAAUCCUCCUCCCAACCCCCGAGCUCGGCGGCGACGGCGCGGGCGACCCGAGCGCGCCGCCAUGAAGGUCUCCAUCAAGACGCUCAAGGGCUCCAGCUUCGAGAUCGAGAUGGACCCCUCCAGCAAGGUUGCUGAUGUUAAAAAGCUCAUUGAGACUACACAAGGGCAGAAUGUCUACCCAGCUGAUCAACAGAUGCUUAUUCAUCAAGGGAAUGUUCUAAAAAAUGAGACGACACUCGAAGAGAACAAAGUUCUUGAGAACAAUUUCAUUGUUAUAAUGUUGUCCAAGAAGGGAUCAUCAAGUGCUGGUACUGCUAAGGCUCCCACAAGUCAGACCUCAGUUGAUAGGGCGAUUCCUGCCUCCCCUGCAACUCAACCACCAGCAGCAGCACCAGCACCCAUUGUGCCUGUUAGUGCACCUGCCCCAACUGCAGCAGCUGGUCCAGCUCCAACCUCUACGGCAAUCACUGAAGCGGAUCCUUAUGGUCAAGCUGCGUCAAACCUUGUUGCUGGUGGCAAUCUAGAAGCAACUAUACAGUCUAUUCUUGAAAUGGGUGGAGGCGCAUGGGACCGUGACACUGUUGUGCGGGCUCUUCGGGCUGCAUAUAACAACCCAGAGCGUGCUGUUGAAUAUUUAUAUUCUGGGGUUCCUGAGCAGGAAGAGGCCCCUGCUGUUACUGCUGCUGCACCAGCUCCUGCAAGCGGCCAACCUGCUGAUCCAGUUCAGGCUCCAGAGUCAGCUCAACCUGCAAUUCCAUCUUCUGGACCCAAUGCUAAUCCCUUGGACCUGUUUCCUCAGGCCCUUCUGAAUGCUUCUUCAAAUGCUGCUGGUGGUGAAAAUCUCGAUGUUCUGCGAAAUAAUACACAGUUCAGGGGUUUGCUUUCCUUGGUGCAGGCCAACCCUCAAAUUUUGCAGCCUUUGCUUCAAGAACUAGGGAAACAAAAUCCCCAGAUUAUGCAGCUGAUUCAGGAAAACCAAGCAGAGUUCCUGCGUUUGAUCAAUGAACCUGCAGAGGGAGCUGAAGGGAGUUUGCUAGAUCAGUUUGCUGAUGCUGAAAUGCCUCAAACAAUAGCAGUGACUCCUGAGGAGAAUGAAGCUAUACAACGGCUUGAACAAAUGGGCUUCGACCGCGAUCUGGUUCUAGAGGUUUUCUUUGCCUGCAACAAGGAUGAACAGAUGGCAGCCAACUAUCUGUUGGACCAUAUGAAUGACUUUGACGAAGCUCAGCAAUAGGGUGUCAGAUGGCUUGAAGUACAUGGUGGCUGAUGAUGCGAUUUAAUUCAGAAUGCAGCAUCAGUGUUUUGAAGGCUGAUUACCCCAAUUUAGGAUCGGGUUAAGACAUAUUUUGAGUUUCGCAAUCAUCUUUUUUUUUUCCUGUUUGGGAUUUAUGCUCAGUGCGAGAUAUAGCUAGGUGUUACAGUGUCGACGGUACCGUUGGGUAACUGAAUCUGAUGUUAUAGGUUAAGAAUCGAGUGUGUUCUGCUCUUGUUUGUCAAUGCUUGAGCCGGCAGAUGAUCGAGGGUUGCUAA